AUGUCCAGAUCCAGAGGCUUGGCGUGGGUCCCCUUAUUGAUGGUCCGUUCCGGCGUGUCCCUGUGGGUCACCGCCCUCGUCGCCCUCCUCGCCGCCCUCCGCGUCCCACCCGCCCACGGCCAAUCCCAUCACCCCGUGGUCAGCACCAACUACGGCAAGAUCCGUGGCCUGCGGACGCCGCUGCCCAACGAGAUCCUGGGCCCCGUCGAGCAGUACCUGGGGGUGCCCUACGCCUCGCCCCCCACGGGGGAGCGGCGGUUCCAGCCCCCGGAACCCCCCUCGUCCUGGACCGGCGUGAGGAACGCCACCCAGUUCGCCCCCGUGUGCCCCCAGCACCUGGACGAGCGGUCGCUGCUGCAUGACAUGCUGCCCGUAUGGUUCACGGCCAACCUGGACACGCUCAUGACCUACGUGCAGGACCAGAACGAGGACUGCCUGUACCUGAACCUCUACGUGCCCACCGAGGACGACAUCCACGACCAGGGCGGCAAGAAGCCGGUGAUGGUGUACAUCCACGGGGGCUCCUACAUGGAGGGCACGGGCAACAUCAUCGACGGCAGCGUGCUGGCCAGCUACGGCAACGUCAUUGUCAUCACCGUCAACUACCGGCUGGGCGUGCUCGGGUUCCUGAGCACGGGAGACCAGGCGGCCAAGGGCAACUACGGGCUCCUGGACCAGAUCCAGGCCCUGCGCUGGGUAGAGGAGAACGUGGGGGCCUUUGGGGGGGACCCCAAACGCGUGACCAUCUUCGGCUCCGGGGCCGGCGCCUCCUGCGUCAGCCUGCUCACCCUGUCCCACUACUCGGAAGGAUUGUUCCAGAAGGCCAUCAUCCAGAGCGGCACCGCCCUGUCCAGCUGGGCCGUCAACUACCAGCCGGCCAAGUACACGCGCGUCCUCGCGGACAAGGUCGGCUGCAACAUGCUCGACACGACGGACCUGGUGGAUUGCCUGCGGGGCAAGUCCCCUCGGGAGCUGGUGCAGCCGACGGUCACGCCGGCCACCUAUCACAUUUCCUUCGGGCCCGUCAUCGACGGGGACGUCAUCCCCGACGACCCUCAGAUCCUCAUGGAACAGGGCGAAUUCCUCAACUAUGACAUCAUGCUGGGCGUGAACCAGGGCGAGGGCCUGACCUUCGUGGAAGGCAUUGUUGGCGCCGAGGACGGGGUGACCCCUAGCGAUUUCGACUUCUCCGUGUCCAACUUCGUGGACAACCUCUACGGCUACCCCGAGGGCAAGGACACGCUCAGGGAGACCAUCAAGUUCAUGUACACCGACUGGGCGGACAAGGAGAACCCGGAGACAAGGCGCAAGACCCUGGUGGCGCUGUUCACCGACCACCAGUGGGUGGCGCCCGCCGUGGCCACCGCCGACCUGCACGCCCAGUACGGAUCCCCCACCUACUUCUACGCCUUCUACCACCACUGCCAGAGCGAGAUGAAGCCGGGCUGGGCGGACGCCGCCCACGGGGACGAGGUGCCCUACGUGUUCGGGGUCCCCAUGGUGGGCGCCACCGAGCUGUUCAGCUGCAACUUCUCCAAGAACGACGUGAUGCUGAGCGCCGUGGUCAUGACCUACUGGACCAACUUUGCCAAGACCGGGGACCCCAACCAGCCCGUGCCUCAGGACACCAAGUUCAUCCACACCAAGCCGAACCGCUUUGAGGAGGUGGCCUGGUCCAAGUACAACCCCAAGGACCAGCUGUACCUGCACAUCGGCCUCAAGCCCCGGGUUCGAGACCACUACCGGGCCACCAAGGUGGCCUUCUGGCUCGAGCUGGUGCCUCACCUGCACAACCUCAACGAGAUCUUCCAGUACGUGUCCACCACCACCAAGGUCCCGCCCCCGGACAUGACCUCCUUUCCCUACGGCACCCGGCGCUCCUCCGCGGCCAAGUCCUGGCCCACCACCCGACGCCCGUCCGUCACGCCCGCCGGCGGCGGCAGCAGCGGCGGCGGGGGCUCCCCCAAACACGCCAAGGACGCACGCAAACCGGAGGACACCACCGUGCUCAUCGAGACCAAGCGUGACUACUCCACCGAGCUCAGUGUCACCAUCGCCGUGGGCGCCUCCCUCCUGUUCCUCAACAUCCUGGCCUUCGCCGCCCUGUACUACAAGAAGGACAAAAGGCGCCACGAGACCCACCGCCGCCCCAGCCCGCCUCGUGGCGGCGGCGGCCACGGCGGGGGCCACGGCGCCAGCCACGGCGGGGGCCACGGCGUCGGCCACGGCGUCGGCGUGGCGGGCACCAACGACGUGGCUCACCUUCGCAACGAGGACCUCCUGUCCCUGCAGAUGAAGCCGCUGGACCACGAGCACGGGUGCGAGCCGCUCCAGGCCCAGGACACGCUUCGGCUGGCGUGCCCGCCCGACUACACGCUGACUCUACGCCGGUCGCCGGACGACAUCCCGCUGAUGACGCCCAACACCAUCACCAUGAUCCCCAACGCCCUCACCGCCAUGCAGCCCCUGCACACCUUCAACACCUUCAGCAGCGGCGGGGGCGGCGGGGGCGGCGGGGGGCAGAACAGCAGCAACCUGCCCCACGGACACUCCACCACGAGGGUAUAG